CUUGAGAAGUCCGAAGCUAUUUUAGUUGGGACAAUUUUGUCCCUGGUUCCUCCCAUCUCCUUACAGCCAAAGUUGAGGAUGCAGCUAAAGUUAGAAGCAGCGUCUUGUGCCAGAGGGGUAUAUAAUCCCACCCAAGGGCUUCCUCCCUAUGUCACUCUCUACUUCUGACCAGGACAGGCACCAAGCUCAACUGAGGACAUGGUGAGUGCUAGGGAAACAAGCCAAGCAAGGAUGGAAGGCCCAUGGGUGCUGGAAUGGAGGGACCCAUGGCUGCUUGGAUGGAGGGACCCAUGGGUGCUGGGAUGGAGGGACCCAUGGGUGCUGGAAUGGAGGGACCCAUGGGUGCUGGGAUGGAGGGACCCAUGGGUGCUGGGAUGGAGAGGCCCCUUGGUUCUGGAAUGGAGGGCGUGGGCAGAGAAUACCCCGGUGCCAGCCCAGGAUGAGGCCAGACUUGUUUUUCUAAACCUUAUUCUGAGGGUUAUUCAAUAAACUGAAAAUGUAGAAUAGAGAUGGGAAUUGCAGCAGGUGCUAUUUUGACGUAAAAUCUUUAAUUCCAUAGCCCAUUCUCCGAGUGAAUAAUGCUCUUUGUGCUUCCAGUAUCUGUAAAAUAAUGGGCCCCCAAGCAACCCCACAUUCUGCAUUAUUGGAAGAAUGAGCCAGGGGCCAAAAUCGACUCAAAGAGGGGCUUUCUAAACAUAUAAUAAUGUAUAUCAGGAGUUUUUAUUGUAUAGAGACAAUGGAGAAAUGAUGGUAAAGGGCGGUGAAUGGAUGAUCUUUCAAUAAUUUGGGGUUUAUUUACUAGACAGUGGAUAUUUGACCAACUGGCAUUCACAAUUUGGGCCCAAAUUGCCAAUUUCCCAAUUUGAAUUAUUUUUUUUUUAGCUAAAUGCAUUAAAUGCAUUACUUCCUUACAGUUUAGUAAAUAGCUGUCUUUGGAUUCUUACCAUUGGGGUACUGUUUGAGUACUAUAGAGGUACGAUUGGGGUACCAUUGGGGUACCAUUAGUUUAGAUACUCUUGGGGUACUUUUGGGGAGAUUGGGAAUGCCUAUAUUGUACUGAGCCCAAAUGAACAUGUUUUCACUCAGUGAUAAUAUCCAGGACAUCUGUAUAUUAUAUAUUUUUAUAAUGGUGAUCCCAAUAUGGCUGAAUUCAGCUCUUAUCUAUGUGUCUAUGUCAUCUAUGUAUCUGUUUUAUUUCAAUAUUCCCAUUAAAACAUCCAACUGACGCCACCCACAUCCUCCCAAGAACCCCAUGAACCCCAUAUCCCCCCGAUUUAUCCUCUAUUCCCUCUAUAUUACCCCCAUCUACCCCCAGUUAGCUACCCCCACAUUCACUUGAUACACCCAUACACUAACCAUUUAUUUAGGUCAUACAGCCACCCAUUUACACUCACACAACUUACCCAAACCUACAUAGUAUCUGUCCUAUAACCUCCAAUUACCCGAAUCCCUGUCUAUCACAGCCGUCUACACCUAUAUACACAAUAUAACUGUAUAUAUGUAUAUAAUUACCCCGAUCACUCUGUAUAAUAACGAUAAUAUAACUGUAUAUGUCUAUAUAAUUACCCCGAUCACUCUCUGUAAUAACGAUAAUAUAACUGUAUAUGUCUAUAUAAUUACCCCGAUCACUCUCUGUAAUAACGAUAAUAUAACUGUAUAUGUCUAUAUAAUUACCACGAUCACUCUCUGUAAUAACGAUAAUAUAACUGUAUAUAUGUAUAUAAUUACCCCGAUCACUCUCUAUAAUAAGGAUAAUAUAACUGUAUAUGUCUAUAUAAUUACGCCGAUCACUCUCUAUAAUAACGAUAUUAUAACUGUAUAUAUGAAACAUAGAAACAUAGAAACCUAGAAUGUGACGGCAGAUAAGAACCAUUCGGCCCAUCUAGUCUGCCCAAUUUUCUAAAUACUUUCAUUAGUCCCUAGUCUUAUUUUAUAGUUAGGAUAGCCUUAUGCCUAUCCCACGCAUGCUUAAACUCCUUUACUGUGUUAACCUCUACCACUUCAGAUGGAAGGCUAUUCCAUGCAUCCACUACCCUCUCAGUAAAGUAAUACUUCCUGAUAUUAUUUUUAAACCUUUGUCCCUCUAAUUUAAGACUAUGUCCUCUUGUUGUGGUAGGUUUUCUUCUUUUAAAUAUAGUCUCCUCCUUUACUGUGUUGAUUCCCUUUAUGUAUUUAAAUGUUUCUAUCAUAUCCCCUGUCUCGUCUUUCCUCCAAGCUAUACAUGUUAAGAUCCUUUAACCUUUCCUGGUAAGUUUUAUCCUGCAAUCCAUGAACCAGUUUAGUAGCCCUUCUCUGAACCCUCUCUAAGGUAUCAAUAUCCUUCUGAAGAUACGGUCUCCAGUACUGUGUACAAUACUCCCAAGUGAGGUCUCACCAGUGUUCUGUACAAUGGCAUGAGCACUUCCCUCUUUCUACUGCUGAUACCUCUCCCUAUACAACCAAGCAUUCUGCUAGCAUUUCCUGCUGCUCUAUUACAUUGUCUGCCUACCUUUAAGUCAUCAGAAAUAAUCACCCCUAAAUCCCUUUCCUCAGAUGUUGAGGUUAGGACUCUAUCAAAUAUUCUGUACUCUGCCCUUGGGUUUUUUCGUCCAAGAUGCAUUAUCUUGCACUUAUCCACAUUAAAUGUCAGUUGCCACAAUUCUGACCAUUUUUCUAGUUUACCUAAAUCGUUUGUCAUUUGGCUUAUCCCUCCUGGAACAUCAACCCUGUUACAUAUCUUAGUAUCAUCAGCAAAAAGACAUACCUUACCAUCAAGACCUUCUGCAAUAUCACUAAUAAAAAUAUUAAAGAGAAUGGGUCCAAGUACAGAUCCCUGAGGUGCCCCACUGGUGACAAGUCCAAGCUUCGAAUAUAUUCCAUUAACUACAACCCUCUGUUGCCUGUCACUCAGCCACUGCCUUACCCAUUCAGCAAUAUUUGAAUCCAAACUUAAAGAUUGCAGUUUAUUGAUAAGCCUUCUAUGUGCAACAGUGUCAAAAGCCUUACUGAAAUCUAGGUAAGCAAUGUCUACUGCACCACCCUGAUCUAUAAUUUUAGUUACCCAAUCAAAAAAAUCAAUAAGAUUUGUUUGGCAUGAUCUCCCUGAAGUAAACCCAUGUUGUCUCUGAUCUUGAAAUCCAUGUGUUUUUAGAUGUAUAUAACUACCCCGAUCACUCUCUAUGAUAACGAUAUUAUAACUGUAUAUAUGUAUAUAAUUACCCCGAUCACUCUCUAUAAUAACGAUAAUAUAACUGUAUAUAUGUAUAUAAUUACCCCGAUCACUCUCUAUAAUAAGGAUAAUAUAACUGUAUAUAUGUAUAUAAUUACCCCGAUCACUCUCUAUAAUAACGAUAAUAUAACUGUAUAUGUCUAUAUAAUUACGCCGAUCACUCUCUAUAAUAACGAUAUUAUAACUGUAUAUAUGUAUAUAAUUACCCCGAUCACUCUCUAUGAUAACGAUAUUAUAACUGUAUAUAUGUAUAUAAUUACCCCGAUCACUCUCUAUAAUAACGAUAAUAUAACUGUAUAUGUCUAUAUAAUUACGCCGAUCACUCUCUAUAAUAACGAUAUUAUAACUGUAUAUAUGUAUAUAAUUACCCCGAUCACUCUCUAUGAUAACGAUAUUAUAACUGUAUAUAUGUAUAUAAUUACCCCGAUCACUCUCUAUAAUAACGAUAAUAUAACUGUAUAUAUGUAUAUAAUUACCCCGAUCACUCUCUAUAAUAAGGAUAAUAUAACUGUAUAUAUGUAUAUAAUUACCCCGAUCACUCUCUAUAAUAACGAUAAUAUAACUGUAUAUGUCUAUAUAAUUACGCCGAUCACUCUCUAUAAUAACGAUAUUAUAACUGUAUAUAUGUAUAUAAUUACCCCGAUCACUCUCUAUAAUAACGAUAUUAUAACUGUAUAUGUCUAUAUAAUUACCCAGAUCACUCUCUAUAAUAACGAUAAUAUAACUGUAUAUGUCUAUAUAAUUACCCCGAUCACUCUCUAUAAUAACGAUAUUAUAACUGUAUAUAUGUAUAUAAUUACCCUGAUCACUCUCUAUAAUAACGAUAUUAUAACUGUAUAUAUCUAUAUAAUUACCCCCAUCACUCUCUAUUAUCAUUCCUCAGGCACCAGCAAAGAGAGCAAAGAGAAAGGCAGCAGAAGGAGGGUCCUCCAAUGUCCUCUCCAUGUUUGACCAAACACAAAUCCAAGAGUUCAAAGAGGUGAGUUCUCUGAGACUCACUGAGGGACUGGGGUAUCACUCACACUCACUAAUGAACUAGGGUAUCACUCACACUCAUUGAGAGACUGGGGUAUCACUCACACUCAUUGAGAGACUGGGGUAUUACUCACACUCACUAUUGAACUGGGGUAUCACUCACUGAUGGACUAGAGGUAUCACUCAGUCACUGAGAGAUUGAAGUAACACUCUCAAUCAGUGUGGACCUGGGGUAUCACUCACACUCACUGACAGACUGCAGUAUCACUCACACUCAGUGUGAACCUGGGGUUUCACUCAUACUGACAGACUGCAGUAUCACUCACACUCAGUGUGGACCUGGGGUAUCACUCAUACUCACUGAGAUACUGAAGUAUCACUCACACUCAGUGUGGACCUGGGGUAUCACUCAUACUCACUGAGAGACUGCAGUAUCACUCACACUCAGUGUGGACCUGGGGUAUCACUCAUACUCACUGAGAGACUGCAGUAUCACUCACACUCCGUGUGGACCUGGAGUAUCACUCACUGAGUGGGAUUAUGUGUGUGUAAGUAUGUUUGUUCCUGUGGUGAGGGAUGGUUCGGUCCUCCUCUCACACCAUGAUGCUAUUCCUGAGGAAUUUCACACUCAGCAGUAGAUGAGUGAGGGGACAGGUGUGGAGUGGGGGCAUGAGGCGGGGGUGGCUGAGCCAUAUUUAGAGCUAAUAAAAGAGAAGGGAGUAACAGAGAACCUCAGGGAUCCAAAUGCUUAAUGCGCCCUGGCUCUCCUUAGACAUUUCUCAGGAAUUAGAACUGGUCUCAUUAAUGCCCCCAGUAACUACCCCUCCCAGCAGGUUUCAUAAACAACCCCAUUGAUAGACCCCAGUCUGGUGCUAGGCAUCACCUACCUCAAAUCCUCAUAGACUGUACGCUUGUUUGAGCUAAAUAUCCCCUUUCUACAAAGUGCUAAUAAUUAUCAUUAAUAAUUCUGUUUCCAGGCAUUCACAGUGAUUGAUCAGAACAGAGAUGGCAUCAUUGAUAAGGAAGACCUGAGAGACACAUUCGCAGCAAUGGGUGAGUAAACCACCCCCAAGAGAGACUACGGCCACCUCGGCACAUGUUAUCUGACGGCCACCUCGGCCCAUGUUAUCUGACUGCCACCUCGGCCCAUGUUAUCUGACUGCUCACUUUCCUCAUUCCCCCAUGUUAUUUGACUGCUCACUUUCCUUGUUCCCCCAUGUUAUUUGACGGCUCACUUUCCUUGUUCCUCCAUGUUAUCUGAUUGUUUACUCCCCUCGUUCCCCGCACUCCUUCAUAUUAUCUGACUGUUCACGUUCCUCGUUCCGUCCGUUACCCAUCAUUUCUGACUGCUCACUCCCCUCGUUCCCCCCACUCCCUCAUGUUAUCUGACUGCUCGCUUCAUUCCCCCAAUGCUUUCUGACUGCUCGCCCUCCUGGUUUCCCCAGGUUUUCUGACUGCUUGCUCCCCUCGUGCCCCCAUUUAUCCAAGUUUUCUGACUGCUCGUUCCCUUCGUUCCCUCCAUUGCCCCAAGUUUUCUGACUGCUCGUUUCCCUCGUACCACCUGUUUUCUGACUGCUCGCUCCCCUCUCUCCAGGCCGUCUUAAUGUAAAGAAUGAGGAGUUGGAAGAAAUGGUUAAAGAGGCCUCUGGACCCAUUAACUUCACCGUCUUCCUCACUAUGUUCGGAGAGAAGCUCAAGGGUGAGAGACUUAGUCUUAAUUUGGUGUGAAUGGCUAAGAGACUCGAGCUGAGUUUGGUGUGAUUGGGUGAGAGACUUGAUCUGGGUUUGGUGUGAAUGGGUGAGAGACUUGAUCUGGGAAUGAGAGUGAAUUGUGAAUAAAUGGAAACAACAGUGGAAGAUAAUUGGAACGUACUCCUUUCCUGACCUAACAGGCCUUAUAGUUCUAUCCAGACUGAGCCCGCACGAGUACUGGUGGAGCACUUAAUGAUUAGACAAUACAACGAGGCAGUGCAAAGAAUGUUCAAUAUUUAUUUAUUAGACAAAGGUUUUCAGGAAUUCUGCUAAGGGGCAGUCUAGAGGUGUCUGAUUAAUUACCAAUCAAAUAGUGACAAUUAUUGAUUAACUGCAUGGUAAAAACAUACAACAAAUCAUUGAUAUAAAAUGUAUCUAGAGGGCAUUACUAGGUGGGAUCUUCUUAGAAUCGGACAAUAUAGGGGUUUCUUAGCAUCGGAGAGAACAAAGGUGGUUGUGUGCCAAGACUAAGUAUGUGACGUAGAGGCAUGGUCAAAACUGCGACUGUAACGUCCGUCCAAUUCACACGGCUGUUAAUCUUGUGAUUCAGCCGAGCUGAAAUGAAUCCUAUCAGUGAGUGUAAGUCAGGUGGUCUCAUAUGAACUCGUUCAGGGAUGGAGUGUAAGUCAGUCCCAUAUUAAUCCUUACAGUGAUUGACUUGUUUGGAGUGUGAGUGGGGUUGAUAACUCCAGACAGGGCUGGAUUUACUGUUGUUUUCACAUUAAGGUGCUGAUCCCGAGGAUGUCAUCACUGGGGCAUUUAAGGUGCUGGAUCCUGAAGGAAAGGGGUCAAUCAAGAAGCAAUUGUAAGUAUUCUAUAACUUCACCUCUUCCACUUCUAUAAUCUCACUUAUAAUAAUGCUAUAAUUCCAUUUAUUAUAAUGCUAUAAUCUCAUUUAUAAUAAUGCUAUAAUUCCAUUUAUUAUAAUGCUAUAAUCUCAUGUUUUAUAAUUCUAUAAUAUAAUUUAUUAUAUUUCUAUAAUCAUAUUUUUUUAUAAUUCUACAAUAUCAUUUAUUAUAAUGCUAUAAUUUCAUUUAUUAUAAUUCUAUAAUCUCAUGUAGUAUAACUUUAUAAUCUCAUUUAUUAUAAUUCUGUAAUCAUAUUUAUUAUAACGCUAUAAUCCAAUUUAUCAGAAUUCUAUAAUCUCAUGUAUUAUAAUUUUAAAAACUCAAUUAUUAUAAUUUAAUAAUCCCAUUUGUUAUAAUUAUAUAUUCUUAUUUCUUAUAACUUUAUAAUUGUGUUUAUUAUAACUUUAUAAUCUCAUUUAUUAUAACUGUAUUACCCUACACAUUCACCAGGGGAUACUAUAGUCACCAAAACAACUUUAUCUUAAUGAAGCAGUAUUGUUGUAUAGAUCAUUCCUUUGCAGUUUCACUGCUCAAUUCUCUGCCAUUAAUGAUUUAAAUCACUUUGUUUAUGCAGCUCUAGCCACACCUCCCUGCAUGUGACUUACACAGCCUUACUAAACACUUCCUGUAAAGAGUCAUUUAAUGUUACACUUCCUUUAUUGCACACUCUGUUUAAUUUACAAUUAUCUCCUGCUCUGUUAAUAGCCUGCUAGACCCUGCAGGGGUGUCCAGUGUGUGAUUAAAGUUCAGUUUACAGAGCAGGUGAUUAAAAACUUCUAAAGUAAGUUACUCACUAAUUGAAAGUGCAACCAUUUUGUUUUCAUGCAGGCUUUAUCAGUCAGAGCCAGGGUAGGUGUGGCUAGGGCUGUAUAAACAGAAAGCGAUUUAACUCCUAAAUGGCAGAUAAUGGAGCAGUGAGACUGGGGGGCAUGAUCUAUACACCAAAACUGCUUCAUUAAGCUAAAGUUGAUAUGGUGACUAUAGUGUCCCUUUAAUCUUACCUCUUUCCACUUAUUGACCUCAUUUAUUGUUUCUUUCUCUCACUCUCCCUUCAUCCUCUCCCUCCAUGUCUCUUUCCUCCUCUCGCCUCUCUCCCUUUUGUCUCUCUUGUUGUAUAUAGCCUUGAAGAGCUUCUUACCACCCAGUGUGACAGAUUCAGUGCAGAGGAGGUGAGCAUACUCAGAUCAUACCAGGGAGGGGGGCAGUACGUGCCUGAUUUGGGGUACCAGCUCUUUCUCACCCUUUGUGUCUGUUUCCUAUAGAUUAAGAACAUGUGGACAGCUUUCCCUCCUGAUGUCGCUGGCAAUGUUGAUUACAAGAACAUCUGCUAUGUGAUCACCCACGGAGAGGACAAAGACCAGGAAUAAAUGGGGUGCUAUCGUACCCCUGGGGGGCAGUGCACCCCCAUCUUGCUGUAUAUUGCGUCUUAUUUUGUAAAUUCAUCCCAUCAAAGACACAACUGUAAUUUAUUUCUCCUGGGGGGACCUGAAAGGGAGAAGACUAUUUGUUGACCCUGAUCCUCUCUCUGUGUCAUCCCUACACCCCAACACUUUGCUCUUGGCGUCUUAAACCGGAAUAAGGAUUCCGCACUGGAAGAAGUUCAAUAAAAUGAUAAACUUUUUAUUCUACUUGUGGUAUGUUUCUCUU